AUGGCCCUCGGUCUGUGGUCGGAGCAACACCUAGCAGACCCUUCGACGCAUGUCCUUUGGAAAAAGAACGCCCACAUGGGCGCGGCACACAGUAUCCAUCCGGAGAACUUGACUUCGGGAACAACAGAGCUUUCCUCUACAAAAUCGGAGUUGGCAACGAUAAUGAAGAUUGCGAAGAGCACACCUGACCGCCUGCUACACGAGGAAACAAUUGGACUGAUCGUCAAGCUGCUUGGGACUGCUAUUGCACAAUUGCUUGCACUUUCCAGCGCUGAAAUCGGGCCGGAGGCUGCCCUGGACGACCUUGGGCUUGACUCAUUAAACGCAAAUGAGCUAACAAGCUGGAUAUCACAACAUCUGUUGGUCGAUUUGCCAUUGCCUGAUCUCAUACAAUCGACAACUAUACACGACCUUGCGGACAAGAUUGCUAGAUUGCUGGAGGAUAAGUUCGGAGAAACCCAGAUAUAG